AUUUUGCAUAAAUCAUAAAUCACAUCACAAAUAUUUUGGUUUGUUAGAAUAAGUCUAUUAUUUUCUGAAUGUCACUACCUGAAGUUAUACAUCGCCACUUCAAUUCAGUGAUUAUGCAGCUUUACUGAAGGCAAAGAUGUAAAAUCGUCCUGGAAAAUUACAAUAAAAAUCCAAACAAUGGAGUCCAGUGAAAGACCAACUGGUUCUGCAGCCCAGAGUUAUACUGCUGAAAGGUCAAAGGUCACAAUCUUUUCACUUGGAAGAGGAAUGUUGUGAAACUUAUGAAAAAACAAGCAAGUAAAACAAAAAUUAAAGGAAGGUUUUAUUGAUUACUAGCUCUGCCUUAACUGUUUCUCUUAACAUAUUUAGAAGAAAAAAAACACCAUUUAUUCAAACAUCAACCAAAUCAACAACCAGAAUCCCUCCUGGCUGUCCCGGUCUUGGUUUUCACUCCUCCCCACCUUUUCUUUCAGAUAAGGUGAAACUCAAAAGACCUGAAAAACCCUUCCAGCCCACCUCGCCCUCACCCCUCACCUCAUAUAAGUCUCCGUCUUCAGCAGCAGGCUCAUCACUCAGACUCACUGGAACGUCCAAUCACCUGGAAGAGAGCAAGCUUCAGGACUUUGGAGCGAGUAGGACGAUUCUUUGAGCAGAAACCAAGAGUGAAAUCUACAAAACCAAGAUGGGAAAGUUUGUUUUUGCUGUUGUUGCAGCUGUUGCAUCUCUGGUUUUGGUGGAGUCCCUGACAUGCAACAAGUGCUCCUUCAGUCUGUUGGGGAACUGCUUGAACGCAGUUAAUGAGACCUGCCCCUCCAACUCUAGUGUGUGUUAUACUGGAAGAGCCACGUUCCCGUCUCUGCCAGACUUUGUGGGCUUCAACAUCCAGGGCUGCAUUGAAAACACCACCGGCUGUGACGCAACCACCCCUGACACCAUGCUGGGUGUCGCCUACAACACCAAGAUCACCUGCUGCUCCACCGAGAGCUGCAACCCCAUCACACUCAGCGCCGCUCCGUCCAACAAGAUGACCUUCAGCGCCACCGUCAGUGCAGCCGUCCUGGCCUCCGCACUGGGAAGCAUUUUGUAAUUUAAUACGAAAGCUGAUCUACGUGUUUGUACACAACAGGUGCAUCUGAGUAAAAUCAAUAAUUAAAUCAAUGCAAUACUAAUUUGCUCAGAGCCAGAGCGACUCAAAUCAUGGUUUAGUUGUUUGCAGAUGUUUAAAUCAGGGAAGUUGAUCAAUGGGAUGUUUCAGAGAAACAUUGAGGUUGUUAAUCUUCCUUGAUGAUGUUUUGUUUAUUUUGUUUGUGCAUUUUUUAAUCAAAAUUUAUUUUUCCCUGUAAGUUUUUUUCCAUAAUAAACUAAGCUACCUCUAUCUAUGAAAACAA